AUGUCCGAAAACAAAGGGCCCAUGGCCCUAGCGGCCGUCAUCAUUAUUUCGGUUGUCAGCACGACCUUUACAGCCGCUAGGCUCUUCACCAGAGGAGUGAUAUUGGGAAAGCUCAUGCUGGACGACUACCUUAUCCUUGCCGCAGUGCCUGUGCACCUCUACGAUGUCGAAUUCGCCCUCAAAUACCCGAAAGGCAUUGUUGCUGCUGCUGCUGCUGCUGCUGCUGCUGCUGCUGCUGCUGUUAUUGUUGUCGUCGUCGUCGUCGUCGUCGUCGUCGUCGUCGUCGUCGUCGUCGUCGUCGUCGUCGUUCUCUCCUGGACGAAUGUGGCGACGUUUGGCACUGCAGUGUCGCAUGGCUUUGGCCAGCACGCUGCCAAUCUCACCGUCGAGGAAAGGUCCCGAGCCAUGAUGUGGAGUAUUAUCGGCUACACGCCUGGACUGCUCUCACUCAGUCUGCCAAAACCAGCCGUCGUCGUCCUUCUCACCCGGGCCCUCAACCCCAGUAAAUGGCACAAGAGGGUCCUCUGGCUCAUCGCAAUCUUGUGCGUGACCAACUUGGUUCCUUAUAUCACCCUCUACUACGCCCAGUGCGACCCGGUACAGGCGGUGUGGGAUCCCUCGGUCAGCGGCACCUGCUUGAACAAAUCAGUCCUCAUAGGCUAUGCUUCGUAUUCUUCUGCCUUUUGUGCUUUCGCGGAUAUUUACCUCUCCGUUUAUCCUGCCGUGGUACUCUCCAAGCUGCAGAUGAAUAUUAGGAAGAAAAUUGCUUUGGGAACUGCCCUGGGCCUCGGAUCAUUGUCAUCCAUUGCUGUCAUCUACAAAAUCACAAAACUUCCGAUGAUUGCCAGUUCCGAUCCCACAUUCGACACCGUUGACCUUGUGAUCUGGACAAUUCUCGAGGGCAGCAUCAUCAUCAUAGCCGCAUGCGUCCCUGUCCUUCAACCCCUAGUCGAGUCUGUAUUCGGCAAGCGCAUAUUCUAUGGCAGCCGGAGGUACCCAUACAGGAGCUCGGAGGGAACGUCUGGCAACUUGAAGGGAACAUUUGGCAGCAGUUUUGGUCGCCAUACCGUGGACAAGAGGAUGGGCCAUGGCAUGUCCAAGGGCUCCAUUAGCCUGACCACGACCGUCGCCGCCAAGGGGAGCCAGGAGAGGAUCUGGGAAAAGCAGGAGCCCGACGGAAAGAUUGUCGUGGUAGAUACUAUCACUGUCACCGUGGAAUCAUCAACCUCAGGCUCGGGCUCCUCAGCAAGCCAAACUUGA